UACCGCGGUCCGCGGAAGAAUAAGACGAUAACGAAUUUCAUAUUUUGAAAAUUAUUAGUAUUUAAUAUUUAUUUUUAUUUAUUAAGUUUUAAACGGCCGAACUGUCAAUUAUUUUAGCUGCUUUUUAGUGAUACUUAUUUGUGCACACACAAAAAUGAGUAAAACUAUAGUUUAUGAUACUUUGUCCAUUCCUGAUCCAUCAUUUAUUGAUAAUGAAGUUAGGAUGUUAGGUUCAUGGUUUGGAAUGAGUAAUAUUUGUGUAUUUCCGACUAAAAUAUCUAAGCCGUCUGAUAAUCAAAAUUCAUCUGGUGAUGACAAAACUGAAAGAAACAUAAUACAUUUGAAACAUAAAACAAUGCUAUUCGAUCCUAAAGUAAGACAGCUGGUGAAUGAGUCUAGUGGAGUGUUUCAAGAAUUACAAAUCAAUGUGGACGACCCUACCAAGUCAACUGAUGCUUUAUAUUACAGUAGAAAAUACAGGGCAAUCUUAUCAACUUGUAUCUUAGCAAUUGACCGAAGCAAUUUGGACAAAUCAAAUGAGACAUAUAACCAAUACAAAAUGUUGCUUCACAAUCUUCAACUCAUAUGGCAUUUGUGUGAAGUACUUUACCUAGUGACUGUUCCUGGCGAUACUAUUUUGAAUAAUCUGCUAGAUUGGAUUAAGAUUCAUUAUGAAAAUGCUGAAAACCAAGCAUCAGUUAUUACAGAAAAUAAAAUUGCUUAUUUAACUGAUGAACAUAUAGAGGAAAAGUUUACUUUUUACUGGGAUACGGUUAUUGGACUAGUAUUACAAGGAAACAUUGACACGGCCAGAAUGUUAUUAUCUAACCAUUCUCAAAGUGAUACUGAACCAUUUAUUCAUGCAAUAAAAAUAUUAAAAUCUAUGCCUACAUACAGUGUAUAUGGUGGUCUGCCAAUAGCAGAAUAUACAUCAAGAUUCAAAGGCUGGCAAUCGAGUGCAAAAGCCAAAUUAGAAUGUGGUGUUUUCUUAUCAGAUUCGAAUCUUAAUGAUGUUAUGAAGAUUAUCUGUGGAGACCCAGAUGCUAUGAAUUUGAUUCGCAGUCACUGUUCAACAUGGUUUCAAUUUCUUGUCGCUCAACUAAUAUAUACGGAUCCAACAGUAAAAAAACAUAGUUUAAGCUUAUAUGCUCAUCGAAGUGUUGCUAAAUAUUAUGAAGAAUCAGAGUACAAUCACAUGGAUACACUUGCUUUAGAUUUGUUUGAUGGAGAUUUAGAAGCGUUUGUUAAGAAAUUGAAGUCCUAUCCUGAUUCUGGAUGGUCCUCUACUCAUUUGACUAACUUAUUACAUCUAUGUGAUAAAAUUGAACCAGAGUUUGACACAUCUGAAGAAGUGGAAAAUAAAAAUCCAAAUGAACAAUAUCUUCUUGAUUAUGGAACAUUUCUCAUGACUCAUCAUUCAUUGUGGCAAGCUGGUAUCACUUACUUAGAUUAUUGCCCAGCCGUGGGUAAAGGAUAUCUAUCAGUGUUAUUGUCAAAGUUGGAAAUAACAUCAGAUUUAAGAGUGUCAAAAAUUUUACAUUAUGCUACAGCCAGACGCCUGCAUAAUGUUGUUUCUAGUGUUUGUAAAGUGAAAGGAAUGUUAAGUUUACAAAAAUCAAGAAUUGGUGAAGCUUUGUGUUGGGCAAUAAGAGGUCAAGACAGUGCUUUUGCUACACACUUAGGUGAUCUAUAUUUGAAAGACUUUGUUAAAUCUAGAUGCUUUGCUAAUCCAGAUAUACUGGACAAUUUAGGAUCAAUCGUUGUCACCUGUGAUCGUUUUAUGUUCAUUGGAAAGUAUAUACAAUUCCUUAAACUCACUUUAGAUAAAAAACUAAUUGAGGCUGCAUCAUUGUACAUAGAACUUUUAAGAUCUAAUAUUUGUCCAGAAUAUUUUAGACCGACAUUAUUAAUGGAUGUUCUGAUAUUCAUUGACAAUAGUAAAGAAUGUUACUUUAAUAUCAUCGACAUAUCUCUUAUAACGAUGCGCUUGGAUGAUGCCAUUAUGGAAAGUAAUGAAGAUGGUGAAACUGCUGAUCAGUUGUCAUUAAGUAAAGUGGAGAAAAUUCGACAAGGAAUUGUUCAAUUGCUGUCAAUCAGUUUAUUGAAGAAAAAGAUUGUGUAAUGAAAUAUUUUUGUACUAAGAUUUUUAUGUAUAUAUAUAUUGUGUUUUUUA